AUGCAAGACACUAUACUUUCAUUAUAUGAGUAAAUAAUAUGUAAAGAUCAUAAUUGAUCUUUCAAUAGUGGAAUAAAUUCCAUCUGGUUCAACUCUAUUAGUAUAAGGUUUUGGUCUUUGUGAUAUUCCUGAGAAUAGUAUAAAUGCCUUAAAGAACGCAAGAACAAAAAAUUUGACAAUGGUUAGCAAUAAUUGUGGUACGAAUGAUGAAGGUAUUGGUAUAUUAUUGAAUAAUGGAUAAUUAAGGAGAGUUAAAGCAUCAUAUGCUGAAAAAAAUCAUAAUCUUGCUAAGUAAGUAAAUAAUAUUAUACUAGGAAAUACUUUGAUGGUGAAUUAGAACUUGAGUUAAUCCCUUAAGGUAUGGAUUGA